AUCUGGCGUUGGUGAAAAAAAGCUCGCAAAUCACCAGGGGUCUCUUCCUUAUGGAUGAGAAGAGAAAGAUACAGAGCAAGAGAGAUGACAUGUGUGCCCACACCUUGCGGUUCUCUACAUCCACAUCCCACACAUUCAAACAUUGGCAUACUCCAACGCCUUGAUAGUGUGUCAAUCUCUCCUUUUUUCUCUUCUCCUCUAUCCUUUCAUAUAUUAUAUAUUUAUAUAUCAUAUACAUAUAUUUUUUUUUAUUAUCUUUAUACAUGAAUAUUAUUUCUACAAGUGUAUAGUUCUACAUAGUAACGAUAAAAAAUAAAAUAACAAAUUUAAAUAAACCCGCAGUGAAGACGUGGUACAGAAAAUAAUGGCGGCCAUAAAAACGUUUUGGAUGUCUUGUAGUGCGGCUAAUUCCCGUAAAAGACUUUACAUUGAUGGUUAAUUAACAUCAAAGUACUCGGUGUGUAUGUGAUACAUAACUUUAAUAAUUAACCGGUGAUUUUAUUUAAAUUGGCACAAAGUCGCAACGAAGAAGCAAAAAAAAAAUCGAAGAGAAAGAGUAGACUUGAUCUGGAACCUCUGCUGGAACAAGAUUGAUACCUUGAUAAAAACAGGAUGAUGAUAGAAACGAUAUGAAGACUAACGAAAAAAUGAUGGCCCAGUUGAUUUAUCAUCAGGAUAAUAGAGACAAUAUCUCGAUCAGCUGAUCGAGAAUGUGUUUGAUGCGGGUCACCGACAUGUGAGAAUAAUUCAGGAACUCGGUAUUCCGCUCCUAUCGGCGGCAAUAAGACGCUGUCGAUAUUUUUUACGUUACACAACGUUUAUUUUAUCGCGUGUGUGCGUGUGUGUGUGCGGAUGUGUAAAAAAGUACAACAUUGAGAGAUAAUAAUUUAGACACCUAGACACAUUGUAGGUGUGCUAAUUAACACGAGAAAUGGGUAAUAAAAAUAGUUGCUGUGGAUACUCUAGUCCUCAAGGGGGUAGAAAGGAUCCUAUUGGGGAAAGUGGCACGCGAACUCUUGAAGAACAUCUACCUGAAGGUGAAUUUAGCGUCACUAAUUUACAACAUAUUAGUGAACGUGAACCUGAAGACUGGGAUUCUGAUCCUUCAUUACAUCCUUGUGCUGGGACGAUUUUUAUGGAACGUUCCAAGCAAGCAAUCGAAAACGGUAUGGUAAGAAAAAAAAGCCAACAUCAAAUAGCUGACACGAGGCCUCUGAAAAAGAGCAGCAGUUGCAGCACUAUUUACUUGGAUGACAGUACGGUGUCUCAGCCAAAUUUAAAAAAUACUGUUAAAUGUGUCGCACUUGCUAUAUAUUAUCAUAUUAAAAAUCGAACUUCCCAAAGGCAAAUAGAUAUAUUUGAUGAAAAAGUCCAUCCAUUAACUAGAGACGGAAUUGCGGAUGACUACGAUAAGCACAAUCCUGAGCAUAAGCAAAUAUAUAAAUUUGUAAGAACAUUAUUUAACGCCGCUCAAUUGACUGCUGAAUGUGCAAUCAUAACGCUUGUAUACCUUGAACGUUUAUUGACGUACGCAGAAAUAGAUAUAACGCCUGCUAAUUGGAAGCGUAUUGUUCUCGGUGCUAUUCUUUUGGCCUCAAAAGUCUGGGAUGAUCAAGCCGUAUGGAAUGUCGAUUACUGCCAAAUACUUAAAGACAUUACUGUUGAAGACAUGAAUGAACUUGAGAGACAGUUCCUCGAGAUGCUUCAGUUCAAUAUAAAUGUGCCGUCAAGUGUCUACGCAAAAUACUAUUUCGAUCUCCGUACUCUAGCAGAAGCUAAUGAACUAACAUUCCCCAGUGAACCCUUGAGUAAAGAUAAAGCUCAAAAACUCGAAGCAAUGUCAAGGAUCUAUGAAGACAAGGUCACUACUGAAGCACUGCGUAAUGGUAUUAAAAAAUGGUCAAGCUUGGACAAUGUUUGUACGGGUGGUCCAAGACGUAGCAUAGCCAUUCUAUCGUAAGAUGCCAAACGCUUAAAAGUACGUGUGAAAAUACACAAGACUUUUUUUUUAUGUUUUUGUUUUUGUAUAAGUAUGAAUCAUGUAUUUCUGACGAUGGGAGUUUCCGGGUAAAAAAUUUUAAUCAUUAGAUUUUGACCGUAGUAUGUUGACAUUCCAUCGUAAAAAUAGAGAGAAAAAAAUUUUGAAACAAGUUAUAGAGUGGAGUAAAAAGAGACUUAAAAUAUGAGUGAUGAAAGUGAUUUGUUACCAGGUUACUAUUACUGAGAGACACAGGUGUGAUUUUAUAACUGCGAUAUUGGUGAUUUAAUUGAUAAUUGUCGUCCAUAUGAAAGAGAAUAAUAAUCAAGUUCACGUCAAUUGAUUGAGAUACUGCAAGAGCAUUUGAUUGUAUGUUUUUUUUUUGCGCAUUUUAUAUGAACUCAUUUUUAUUUCGACACAUCAGUUGACGUGGGGUCUGGAUUAUAGUAGAGACAACUUACAGACUGUAAGUCAUAGAUAAGGAUAGACCCAUUCGUCUGAAGGCUUAGAUUUAAUACUAAUGUGUGUAUGUGUGUUGUAUUUGUGUGAGUAUGUGACAAAUCAGUUGACAAUUUUUCGAAUUCGUCGUGUGACGUAAUUUUUUUGAAAUAUCAGGUCAUUAGUUAUGAUUCGUCAUCAAGAUUUACUUCAUUCAGUCAAUUAACCGGUGAUGAAUUUUUUUAGUAUCAAAGUAUUUAAUAAGCUGAUGAAUAAAAAAAAAUAAGAACAAAGUCAAGAUGUUAGAAGUAUCAAUAAAUUAUAAUCUUUUUAUUGACUGCUGCGAUGACAAAUUUAAAAAUGGAACUUAGUGCAAUCUCGGGAUAAACUUUUUUAAAAUAAUUAAUUUUAAUGAAAUGCUGAUUAAAAAAAAAAAAGGUUUCUUGCUUGUUUAAAUAAUUGUAUACGCCAACAGCUUAUCAAGCUAUUAAAAUAUUUCUUAUACAA